GACGAAAGCGACAUUAUUAACGCUGUUAUUAGUAGUAUUAUUGCUAUUAUUAGGAAGGCAGGGAGAGGCUGGAGGCGGGCUCCCUCUCGUGCCCGAGGUGGGGGGUUGCAGCCGUUUUCCUCCUGUAAACAGUGAACAGCUGCUGCUCCAAGGCCGCCUUGGGCCUGGAGGAGGAAGAAGAAGGGGAGAAAGAGGAAGAAAAGGAGGCUGAGCCUUGCCCCCUUUGCAGCUGGGGCCUCCACCCCCUGCACCGCACCUCGCACCGCCCAGAUUUCCGGCCCGCGGGUGGCCGAGUCCUUCAGAGGCCGAUGAAGUACAUCCUAGUCACCGGGGGCGUCAUCUCGGGCAUUGGCAAGGGAAUCAUCGCAAGCAGCAUCGGGACCAUCUUAAAAUCAUGCGGCCUCAGAGUCACCGCCAUCAAAAUAGAUCCCUACAUUAACAUCGAUGCCGGGACCUUCUCCCCUUAUGAGCAUGGUGAAGUGUUUGUAUUAAAUGAUGGCGGAGAAGUGGACUUGGACCUGGGGAACUAUGAAAGGUUCUUGGAUAUUAACCUGUAUAAAGAUAAUAAUAUCACCACAGGGAAGAUAUACCAGCAUGUAAUCAAUAAAGAGAGACACGGUGAUUACUUGGGGAAAACAGUGCAAGUUGUCCCUCACAUUACGGAUGCGGUGCAGGAAUGGGUGAUGAAUCAAGCCACGGUUCCUGUGGAUGGAAACAAGGAGGAGCCGCAGAUCUGCGUCAUCGAGCUGGGGGGCACGAUUGGCGAUAUCGAAGGAAUGCCAUUUGUUGAAGCGUUCCGACAGUUCCAGUUUAAAGCGAAAAGAGAAAACUUCUGUAACAUCCACGUCAGCCUGGUGCCUCAGCCCAGUGCCACCGGAGAACAGAAAACAAAGCCGACGCAGAACAGCGUCCGGGCUUUGAGAGGCUUGGGGUUGUCUCCAGAUCUGAUCGUCUGCAGGAGCUCCAAGCCCAUAGAAAUGGCGGUCAAGGAAAAGAUUUCUAUGUUUUGCCACGUGGAGCCCGAACAGGUGAUAUUUAUCCACGACGUUUCUUGCACCUAUCGGGUGCCUGUCCUCCUGGAGGAGCAAGGCAUCGUGAAGUAUUUUAAAGAGAGGUUGGACCUACCUAUCGACGACCACGCCAGCGAUCUUCUUUUCCAGUGGAAGGCUAUGGCCGACAGAUAUGAAAGGUUACAGAAGUCAUGCUCCAUUGCACUGGUGGGCAAAUACACCAAACUCAGCGAUUGCUACGCGUCAGUGUUCAAGGCCUUAGAACACUCUGCUUUGGCGAUUAAUCACAAACUAGAAUUAAUGUACAUCGACUCAAUCGAUCUGGAGCAGUCGACGGAAAUUCAGAACCCUGUGAAAUUCCACGAGGCCUGGCAAAAAUUAUGUAAAGCCGAUGGCAUUCUGGUACCAGGAGGGUUUGGAUUCAGGGGAACAGAGGGAAAACUCCAAGCCAUCUCUUGGGCCCGGACAAAGAAGAAGCCUUUCUUAGGAAUUUGCCUAGGGAUGCAGCUGGCUGUGGUGGAGUUUGCAAGGAAUUGCCUAGGCUGGAAAGAUGCAGACUCGACAGAAUUUGAGCCCCAAACUAAACAUCCUGUUGUGAUCGAUAUGCCCGAACACAAUCCCGGUGAUAUGGGAGGAACAAUGAGGCUGGGAAAAAGAAGAACUCUUUUCAAAACGGAAGAUUCGAUUUUAAGGAAGCUGUACGGCGACGUUGCUGGUGUAGAGGAACGACACAGACAUCGGUAUGAGGUGAACCCCAAGUUGAUUCAUCACUUCGAGGAGAAAGGCUUGAAGUUCGUCGGCCAUGAUGUCGGAGGGGAGAGAAUGGAGAUCAUUGAACUGGCAAACCAUCCCUAUUUUGUGGGUGUCCAGUUCCACCCUGAGUUUUCUUCUAGACCAAUGAAGCCCUCCCCUCCGUACCUUGGACUCCUGCUUACGGCAACUGCAACACUCAAUGCCUAUCUGCAGAGGGGAUGUAAACUGUCACCAAGUGACAGCUGUAGCGACCUCAGCGAUGACGGCUUUCCAGAGAGGAAGGGUCCCCAUGCGGAACUGAGCUGAGUCGUCUCCGUGACGUCCUGCAGCCGGAGGGGCCUUGGAAGCGAACCCAUCUAAUGACGUCAAACCAGAGGAACUGCUCAAAUGGACUGAUUGCAGCACACGGAUCUCUCAUCUUUACUUCCUCAAAACAAACAGGGAUUGGGAAUAUAGGCCACUUGGGCAUCGUAAUUAAAAAUCUGAACUCCCUUCCCGACGCCCUAUUCCCUCUUCCCCUCAGUUUGCCAUCAGUUUUCAUAUGUCCCUUGACCUGUGGAGUAUUUUCUCUCCAUUUCUUCACACAGGUGGUUAUUCUUGACGCCUCAGAACCCAGGUCCAUCCAUCACCCUUGACGGAGACUUCGUCCGUCAAUCCGUUUUCUCUCCCAGUCGUUCCCGAGGGAGCGAAAACUCCUACAUGUCCUUCUUUUCUGAUGUAAACACCAAUCCGUGAUGAGCCCUCACUGCCGGUAAUAACGCAUUAAAAGGAGACUAAUCGAAUGAGGUUAUUCCUGUAUGUUGAACAUUCCCCCCCCACACAUGCAUUUAGAAGUUUGUCUGGGCUGGCUGCUUACAUUUCCACCUUUGUUUUUAGCAUAGGAAAUGUUUUAAACGAUGUAUAAAGGUUCCUACUUGUAAAAAUUGCUCUGGAUGUUGCGGAAAAGAUGUGUUCUUUUACUUGGGAAAGUAUCAGUGGAUUAUUCAAA